AUGUCCAUACGCCCGCGUGCCCGUCAGCACUACAGCGUCCCCAAGCAUAAGGGCCUAAGCGAUUGCGGAAUGAUCCUGGUAGUUCUCGGGCACAUGGCUAAUCAAAUCAAAUACUUUGGUUGUGGCGUGCGGAAACGAGGCUUACUGGUUACAUGGCUCGGCGCAAGGGCGCCCAGCAAGCGCUAA